AUGGCUGAUCCAAGCUGGGGCGAGCAUGCUUAUGCUACGCUUCUUUUGAACGAUGCCUACCUUCCUGGCGCUUUGGUGCUUGCUCACUCGCUGCGUGACGCCGGAACCACCAAGAAGCUCGCAGUUCUCGUCACUCUCGACGGUGUGACUGCCGAGGCCGUUGUCCAGCUCAAGACCGUUUACGACUAUGUCUUGCCUGUUCCUCGAAUCCGCAAUGACAAGCCCGCCAACCUGUACCUCAUGAACCGUGCUGAUCUGCACUCUGCCUUUACCAAGAUCAACCUGUGGAAGCAGACGCAGUUCUCUCGAAUUGUCUACAUCGAUGCCGACGUUGUUGCCUAUCGGGCUCCGGACGAGCUCUUCGACCUCCCACACGCCUUUGCGGCCUCCCCCGAUAUUGGUUGGCCAGACCUCUUCAACUCUGGUGUCAUGGCGCUGACGCCCAACAACGGUGAUUACCACGCCAUGGUCGCCAUGACCGAGAGGGGUAUCUCCUUUGAUGGCGCCGACCAGGGUCUCCUCAACAUCUACUUCAAGAACAACUUCCACCGUCUGCCCUUCACCUACAACGUCACUCCUUCCGCGCACUACCAAUACCUCCCUGCCUACCGACACUUCCAGUCCAGCAUCAACAUGGUCCACUUCAUUGGUCCGGACAAGCCUUGGCGCGCUGGCCGCAACGCCUCAUAUGGCAGCUCAGCCUACGACGAAAUGGUUGGCCGAUGGUGGGCCGUGUAUGAUCGCCACUACCGCGAGAAGGAAAUUUCUCAGCUUGCCAAUGGCAGUGGAAACUAUAACACAGCUUACGAGGCUCAGAAGAGUGCUUCUCUGGCUUAUACUGGAAAUGAUACAACUCAAAACUGGGGUGGCCAGAACCAGGCACCACGACAAAUCUUCCCAUGGGAAAGCAAGCAGACCAAGGCUACCAGGUCCUUCUACGGCGAUGAGUCAGAGCUGCAGCCGCAAUCUGCGACCACCAAGCCUUCGGGCGCCCGUUCUUCAGUUACCAAAUCGCCUCCCAAGUCUCCAGUCUCCAAGGCAUCGGACAAACAGAGCGAGGCCGGCACAGCAUCAUGGACAACAUACUCUCGAGGCAAUGCUUGGGAUGAAGAUCCCGGCAUCUCCAAGUAUGCGGAAGCAGUUGAGAAGCGCCACCGAUCGAGUAGCCGUGGACAGGGAGGAGAUGAGGACGUAGACGACGACGAGGAUGAACAAGAACAGACAAAGCGUGGCUUCAAGGUUACUGACUUCCCUACUGAGACGGAGCGACCCAGCUUGCCAGUCACGCCGGCCCCAGUUCCUCGAGGGCGUGAAGCCGCUGGAAAAGGCCUGCCGGCAGCUGAGGGCGUGCCGUCACAGGCCGAAUGGGAUCCCACAGCGCAAUUAGAGAAGCUUGCUCAACAGCAGUCAGCGAUGCUAUUGCGCAAGCUGGGAGGGGAGACGGAUGAUGUAUCGAGAGGAACGAGCCAAAGUAUUUCGACGCAGCCCAUUGGAUCACAGACUCGCAUUGCACAGUCAGUGCCUCAGGUGUUGAGUCCACGACCUGUCAAGGGGACGGCCGCGGCCGCAACCAGAAGUUUGGAGCGCAAGAUGGAUGCAGAAGCCGACAAGUCAUGA